AUGACGCCGCCCAAGCCGCCCACGAACGUGACCUGCUCGCCCGCCCAUGCCGCGCUCGCCUCCGCCUUCCUCGACUGGCACGCGGACCCGGCUCGGACGUGCGGCGGUGGCGGGGCUGGCGCCGCGAGCCUGCUUCAGCGUGUCGCGGGGCUCUGGAAGGCUGGCGGCCUGGCGGCCGCGGCCAGCGAUCCGGAGGAGAACUGCGAGGAGUGGGCGCUGGCGCACGCGCUUCGCUCUGCGAGCGGGGCGCUUUCGGCUUUGCGAGCGCGACCGGAGGUCGAGGCGCUUCGGACGCGGGUCGCGCUCGUACUGCUGACGGCGCCUCACGGCGUCAGGUGGGUCGACGCAAAGCAGAGAGCCAAGGCGCGCAGCCUCGCGGGCUCCAAGCGGCUGCACGCGCUCAUCGCUGAGUGCACCGCCUCUGCCGCGGCCGCUCCGUCGGCGGCUGCCCCUGGCCGCCCGCUCGCGCACACCCCGCUCCAGAAGCUGCUGGCAAGGCAGCGUGUGCGGCUGCGGGCGGCAGGCGGCGGCACGGCUGCCGCCGCCGACAGCGGCGCGCGGCUCCAGCUCGCCACCGGGGGCAUGAUGCCCCUGCUUGGGAUCACCGCUGCCGGCGGGACCGCCGCAGGCUGCCAUGGCGGCCACGAGUGGCUGUUUGACGCGCCCGACCACAGCGCGCCGCGACUCUCGCUGACGCCGACGGCGGCAUGCGCCGCGCAGCCGAACGCGUCGCUGUACGCCAGCGUGCUGCGCCACACGAGGGCGGCCGGCCGCGGCGCCCUCGCCUCUGGCGUGGCGAGGCAUCAGCUCUUCCUGACGUGGCCCACCGAGCUACGCCGCUCUCCAGCCGCUCGCGAGGCGGACGCCUCGCUGCCGGCGCCGGCGCUGCUGUGA